CCUGAAUGAAUGAGCAGAGACUAAUGGGCUACGCGUCGAGGAAAAAUGGGUUUAAAGCAGCUUUUGACAAAGUGAUAUAACCCCCAAUCACCUAAAGAAAAGAAUCCUAUACCCCCACCACUUUCUUUAUUCAACCUCAAAUGAUUUAACCAUUCAUCAUUUCUUUGUUCUUCUCUAAGUAGCACUAGUUAAGAAGAUUGGUUUGCAUCUGCCUAUUAAGAAGCUUUGAUAACUUAGCAACUGCAAUGGCCAAUGUUGUUGAGCUUAAAGUCGGUUUGCACUGUGACGAAUGCAUCAAAAAAAUCUUGAAGGCAAUCAAGAAAAUUGAAGAUAUUGAAACAUAUGAUGUGGAUACACAACUUAACAAGGUAAUAGUAACUGGAAAUGUGACUACUGAAAAGGUCAUCAAAGUUCUUCACAAGAUAGGGAAACAAGCAAGCAACUGGGAUCACCAAUCAAGUUACUAAUCAAUAAGACACUGCGACCUUUGCUAUUUUAUCUUAUUCAGUAUCAUCCUAUUAAUAUAUAGUUGAUCUUUCUGUAUCUCAUAUUGCUCCAAUCGUGAAGAUUUCUGAAGUAGUUAUACAUUCUAAAUCUCGAUAGAUGAACCAAAAUCCAAUGUACUAAUCACAUUAUGUGUUCUAUAAUUAACAUUUGCUUCAUUCCGUAAA